GUUUAAAAUAAAAUCUUUGUAGGCGGCACCAAAACUUCUCCUUUUUCUUUUUUCGGUCAGUGCUUGCACGCUACCAAAUCUGCUAUUUUUAUUUUUUGUCUUGUCUUUCUUUUCUUUCCUUCUUACUUAAUUUUUAGAGAAUUUGAGAGAUUUUUACUGUGAAUCAACGAACGGGAUGCUAGUUUAAAAUAUAUUUUGAAGACCUACAAGAAUACCUAUCAUAAAUAGAAGUUUUAUCUUGAAUUGGUGAUUUAAUAAAGUUUAUCAUUGUUUAGGAUCUAGGUGUUCUUGAAAAUUAUAAAUUAAUCAGUAUAGCGGUUACACUCGGACACAAUUAGUCUCAGAUAUCCUUUAAUGCAAAAGUGGACUGAUGGUGCAGCCACCGGUAAUUCGAACAUUUUCGAAUUGGUGCAGGGUCGCCCGAUGGCUGACUUCAGGGGACAAAGCAGAUCGCGUUUAGCACGUUGCCCCCUGAAGUUAGCAUUUGAGCGAGCCUCCGAAUAAUCGUGACCCCAGCACUGCGCGCUCUUCCCAGGGAUGUUAACGCACCCAGCACGGGUGUAGUAUACGUGUAAUACGUGUGUAUUUCUGCUGCGAACAACGUUGUGAAUAGCUGCGAUCAGAGCUGAAUCACACUAUUUAAAUAAAUAAUUGUGAUCAAGGAUUGCGAUCCAGUGGAUUUUUUAGGUUCCAGAAAAUCAUUGAAGAUUUCAAUCAAAAGAGUCUUAAAGGAAUUCAAAUCUCAAAAUUUUGAACUCAAAAAAUCAUCUAAAUGGAUGACGUAAGAAAUCUAUUAUUAGCUAAAAUGAAAGCAACAGGAAAAAGUAAUGAAAUGACUUUUAAAUUUAAAAUCAUGACUACUGAUGAAUCAAGAGUUGCAAUAGCACUUAAUAUCAUGGAAGUAUUUCAAAUAUUACCACAAAAUAAGUGUAAAUUUAAAGACUCGCAGACAUCAAUUAAUUUACGUCAUGAAGCUAACAGAAUUUUUAUAUCAAACAAAAAUAAUGUUGAUAAGCUGCUUACAUCAUGGGAGUUAUAUUCAAAAGCUAUUGCUAUAGCUCCUAAUACAUCCCAAGAGCUUUCUUUAGCAUAUGCUAAUCGAUCAGCAGUGUUAUUCUGUUUCAAGAAAUUUGAAGAAUGUAUAGGAGACAUUAACCACGCCUUAGAAUUAAAUUACCCGACUCAUCUGAAAGGUAAACUUUUAUUUCGGAAAAUUGAAUGUUUGUAUUUUCUGAGCAAUGUUAUUGAUAUAAAAAGUACUAUUAAGGAAGCUAAAUGCUGGCUUGAAGACAUUAAUUUAUCUAUUAAUGAAAAAAAUAAGUUAGAAGAAAAGUUGCAAAUUAUGGAGUCUAAGGGUGCUCUGUUGAUACCAUUGUUUAAAAAUGAAAAUAAAAAAGAAACAAUAUUCCCUAAUAUUGUCUAUAAUAAAUUAAUACCGUGUGCUUCAGAUGCCUUAGAUGUUAAAUAUAGUGAUAAAUUUGGACGACACAUUAUAACUACACGGAAAAUUAAUGCAGGCGAUAUAUUGAUUAUUGAAAAACCUUAUGCAACUAUGUUGAUACCUGAAAAGGCAUAUACUCAUUGUUCACAGUGUUUAAAUGUUUAUUGGGCGCUAAUUCCUUGUGAAUUUUGUAUUCAUGCAAUGUAUUGUUCUAAAAGAUGUAAAAAUGAAGCCUGGAAACAAUAUCAUGACAUAGAGUGUGCUGCUGCUGGAUAUUUGUUGGAAUUAGAUUUUAAUAAAUGUGCAUUGUUUAGUAUGAGAUUAUCAAUUUUGGCUUUGAGAGAAUUAGGAAGUGUAAAUAAUUUAAGAAGUUCUCAUAAAGAUGCCAUCUCUGAAGAAAUAUUUCAAAGUAAUAAAUAUCAUAGUUUGUUUACACUUGUAACUAAUACGGGCAAAAGGUCAAUAUCCGAUCUUUUUGAAAGAGCAUUAAAUGCUGCAUUCAUCCUUUAUUAUUUAUGCACCAAUACAACACUCUUUGGAAAAAAAUUUGAAUCAGAAAUAAGCCAAAUAAGUACAAACAAAGAUGCUACUUAUGUCGGUGGAUUAAUUUUGCGCAAUAUGCAAAUAAUUCCUAGCAAUAUUCACAGUUAUGAAGAAGAAUGUAGAAUUAAUACAAUUGACAUAGGAGUAUCAGCUCAACCAUUUUGCAGCCUUAUUAACCACAGUUGUGAUCCGAAUGUAUCUAGAUGCUCAACAGGGAAUGGCAUGCUUAUUUAUGCUCUUGUUCCGAUAGAACCCGGUUCACAAAUUUUUGAUAAUUAUGGAAGUCACUAUGCUGUCAUGAAUAAAUUUGAAAGAGAAGUAAAGCUGAAGCAAUACUACUUUAAAUGUGAAUGCAGAGCAUGCAAAGAAGAUUGGCCUACAUACGAAAAUUUAUUACCUUUUGAUAAAUUGAUAACAAAUAAAAAAAUUAAAGAGGAGAUAGAAACAACUCUUCAAAAUUUUAAUGCUUACGUUGAAUAUGCAAAGGCAGGUGAUAUCGAAAGUAAGCAUUAUUUAUUGGAAGAUUUAUCUAAAAUUACUUCUAUUCUGAUUAAAAAUGUACCAAUGCCAUGCUGCACUGUAAAUAAUGUUAUUGAAACAUUAAAAAGGUUAUUUUCUUUAACUUAUGGAAACAAGUUUGAGAUCCCACCAAUUAAUUGACUGUACUUCAACCAAAUUAAUAAAAUCAAUUAUUGGAUUUUGAAUUUAUAUAACAUUAAAUAAUGUAUAUAUGAUUGUUGAAAUAAAUGAGCUAUGAUAUAUCUAAUGUAAAUUAAA